GGGGCGGCAGUGAGUUUCAGUGUUCUUCCGCCCCGAUAUAUGUACAUGACGCGCGAAGGAGACACAGCUGUGUGGCAAAAUGAUCGGAGAUCUGCUGAUAUUUGGCACUCUGCUGAUGAACGCUGGAGCGGUUUUAAACUUUAAACUGAAAAAGAAAGAGUCGCAGUCUCACGGGUUCGGAGAUGAAACCGGUGGAUCAAGUACAGGUGAUAACAUCAGAGAGUUCUUACUGAGUCUGCGGUACUUUCGCAUAUUCAUAGCUUUGUGGAACAUCUUCAUAAUGUUCUGCAUGAUCUUGUUAUUUGGAUCAUAACCCACAACAUUACCAGACUGGAAACCAAGACAAUCCUCUGCACUUUUCUUCUUGGAUAUUAUGGCGUUGGUUUAAACUUAAAACUUAAACAUAAAACUUGUGUUUCCAGUAGUUUUUAAGUUUUGUUCACUUUCAAAAAAAGUAAGCCACAGUCUGACAGGUCAAUAUUGUCUUUUUCAGUAUCAGACUGACAUCUCUCCUGAAUUUGAAUGGCAGUGUAUGUGUUCAUGUACGCAGGCAGAUAUGAAAUUUUUUGUGAAUAUAAGGCUCACACUUUGUUCUAUAUGGAUUAAUUCAGCAGUGCAAUAAUGUACAUUUUUGGGUAAUAAUUCAUUAACUUUUGGCAAACUUGGGUUUUUUCUCUAUGUUUUUGCCUGUUUUCUCAGUGGAGGUUGUUGCAAGCUGAAUAUGUAAAUUAUAUUAAUUCUUUUAUUAAAAUGUUUUUUUAAUA